AUGAGCGAAAGUGAGCGGAAAGACUUCGUACUGAAUGUUGAGGAUGAUCUUACCGCUCAAUCAGAUGCAAAAGAGGAGGAGAAGGAGGAAACAACGAGAUCAGAAGCACUGAAGCUGGUCGAAAAUGGGCUCCGUGAUGCCGCAGACGUGCCUGCAGUCGUCGUGGGAAAUGCUGGAGAUGCAAUGGAUGAAGAUGGCGAUUCAGAAGCGGAAACCUUGAUACAAUCGCCCGAAAAGAAACGCAACAGUGUCGCAGAUGGCUCGAAAACAAUGCAACAUGUUAGCAUGGCUCGAUCUGAUGCUGGCUCCAUUAUUCUAACGAACACCUCGGACAAGGAAAACACGACCCGUAAACGAAAGCGCUCGCGCGAACGAGGCAGCCACGACUCGGCCUCCGAUACCUCAAGCCGUCACAGUUCGCCAUUGUCAUCGCCCCUGGUCCAUCCACAAUCAGAUGUUGGUUCUGAUCUUAAUGCUGCAUCAGAUACAGAAUCAUCUCCUAAACAAAGCAAUAAGAGUGACGUUCAGGAUUCCAUUGAUUCGCUCAAGAAGCGCAGGAGGCGUCCUUCCGAGAUCGUGCCACCUUCGUUGUCUCGCAGGAGAAGCAAGCGCAGCAGUGUUGACCUCCUCGAACGUAGGGAGACCAGAUCUGCGACAUAUCCACGUCCAUCAGACGACGAGAAAUCGGCCUCACCUGAGCCAAUAUCAAGUAAAGAACACAGACGUGGUGCAUCCACGCAGUUGACGACGGGCGAGUUCGAGAGAAAGAAGCGAGGGAGACCUCCGUUGAUCAACACUAGACGCAAUCGAAGUGCCGAUCGAGUCUCCAAUUCCUCUGGUGAAUCUGAACCAAGAACAGGUCGGGCACGUCCCCUAAUUCAUAAAUUCGCCUCGAACGAUCAUGAUACUAUGUCGCCGGCAAAGGUUGGCCCUAGGAAGUGGAAGGAUAAGAAUGGUCGCACAUAUCUAGCUCGUGCUUGCGCAAACUGUGAUAUAGAGGCUGCGACCGCAAAACUGAUUGAACGACCAGAAGAUCUGAAUAUGGAGGAUAAUGCAGGUAACACACCAUUGCAGAUCGCCGCUCUUGAAGGAUUCGAGGAAAUUGUAGAGUUUUUGUUAUCCAAGGGUGCAGAAGUCAACGUCCGCAACGUUGACAAGGACACUCCGCUCAUCGAUGCGGUUGAGAACGGACACGUCGAGGUUAUCAAGUUGUUGUUGAAAUAUGGCGCAAACCCACGUAUGGGCAACGCUAAAGGCGAUGAACCUUACGAAUUGGUCCAUCCAGAUGAUGAAGCAUACUCUCAAAUUCGCGAAAUGCUAGCCGAGGCCAAGGACAAGGACACAAAGAAAACUCCUGGGAUAGACGCCUUCGAUUCUCAAGCACGUGAAGGCCAGACAUCUAGAGCUGCGUCUGCGGCAAGCCCUCGCGAUUCGCCACCGAUUGGCGCGCCCAGAAGUCCGCCUGCACUUGGUUCUCGCAGAAGGACGGGUAGAAGCGAAUCUACUCGCAAUGAUCUCUUGUGGCAAGCCAACACACAAGAAAAUCUUGCAAAACUCGCAGGAAAGGGCGAUGUUCAGGGAGUUGCGAACAUAUUGAGCAUCCUAGAGAAAGCUGAGACAGAGUCCCUGAUUGCUGCUGCAAAGGCUGGUCACGAGGAAGUUCUGCAAUUACUUAUUGCCAUGGGCCGGCCAGAUCCUGACCCGGAACCAGUACGCAGUUCCAAAAUGGUGCCUGGUUACAAUACACCUAUGCUCGCAGCUAUCGGACGUGGACAUCCUGAUGUUGUGAAGCUUCUGGCAAACCAGUCAGGUUUCAAUCCCUGUCGGAGAUACAAGGAAAAGACGUACUACGACCUGGCAGAGGAUCGUCGCGGCAAUCGUUGGGAAGAAGAAUUUAACGUGCUUAGAGCCGCAUAUGAUAGAGCUAAAGGCAGAAAGACGAGCUCACCUCGUAAGACAAGGGAAGGCGAGAGAACGAGACCACGUCGCAGCUCCUCAUCUGUCACAGAGGCCAAACGGCAGAUGCCAAGUCCUACGCAGACACAUCGAUCACUUCCUGUUCAAGCACCUGACUCUUCGCCACGAGAGCGACGCAAGAUUAGCGACCCCGAUCGACUCAAAGCGAAGAUCGAUAUGGAGUAUACGGUCGCAGUUACCUCGGAUGUUGAUCAGACUGUGGAUGCUCCUGCCAAAACGCAUCGUACGAGAAGAAGUCAAAGCGAUCUCCCACCCGUACCCGCCCUAGAAAGUGAGCCCUCGCAGAAGCGCAGACGCUUAGUGACAGGUAAAGAACACAGAAGUCGACACACUGUAAGUACCUCUUCCGAUAAUGAAGACUCUGAAAUGAUCAAUGAUGAGCGAGAAGACCGGCCACAGCUGGCUUUGAAGAGGAGCCGUGUCAGUUCAACUCCAGAACCUCCUGGGGGCAACAAGGAAAGGAAGAAGAGGAGAACAGUCCUAGAAAGUAGUCCCGACGAUAUGAGACCACGCAUGAACAACCCCACUGAAUCUGCAACCAUACCACCUAUAUCGGCAGCUGAGCCCGAAGUGAAGCCCUCGGACGACCAGAACACUAGUACGGACGUCAACAUGUCCUCGCUACAGAGAUCUCGAUCGAACUCUGCUCAAGCUGUGCAAGCGAACGAAGUCAAAGAAGAGCCAUCGCCGACCCACAAUGAUCCGAUCCCCACCGAUAUUGAGGCCUUACCAGAUGCCGCUGAAGAAUCCGAUGACCAUUACUCGCCACCGCCUGCUGUCGAACCCACUUAUGAAGAGCGUGAAGCCGAACGCAGAGCCAAAGAGAGUGCUGAUCGUGCUGCCACAGAAGAGGCAGCACGUCAAGAAAUUCAACGUAGAGCAGAAGAAGAGAGGAUAGCACAAGAAAAGCUUGCUGAAGAGGAGAGACUCCGGCAAGAAGCUGAACUGAGAAGGAAACAAGAAGAAGUCGAUGCUCGCCGUCGACAGGAAGAGGAAAGGCAAGAACGUGCAAGGCGGGAGCAGGAGUCUAGGAGACGCCUCGAACUAUUUGAACGAGAACGGAAACGGCUUGACGGGCUACCUGUUGUACUUGCAAAAACAGCUCGCAUGGUAGACGACGGUGAUUCUGAAGUGAGAAGUCCGCAAUGGCUGAGCAAGUUCUUACCUCUAUACUGUGUCAAAACAUAUCAGCUCGACCACAACUGCGAUUCAUCUAUUGCUGAGGAGUCAUGGGUACCGAACUUCCAGAUUGCAGGUCUGCUAGGUACAAAAGACCUGAACCUAUCUGAAUUCAAUUCUUUUGAAAAGCGGCACGUAACACCACACGAGCGACAAUGUAUAUGGAGAGUCGCGCGGUUGAAGUUGUCCUACGACUUCAAUCCGCUUUGGACAACGUCAGUCAGCAAAGCUAACGAGAUCGAACAUAUUGCGCAAGAAAAGUUUAUGUCUAUGGCUGAACUUUUCUGGGUCAAGCUAUCCAACUUCCUUGACCAGUUGCCACGCUUUCCUCAUUUGCAAAGGAAUUUGCCUCGUCAGACUAUCUCGCUCAAAUCCUAUCAUGAGAUCCUAGGUACAAGCACGAAGAUUGGGCUAUUGCAACAGUAUGAUAACUUGCCUAAUGGUAUAAGUACACAUAUUCAUACAAAUGGCGAAAACGGAAUCACCUAG